CUUCCCUUUUGCUUUCCACAAAUCACCAUUCACUUGGGCGAUUGACGACAGCAGCUGCUCCCCGCGGUUUGCUAUUCCCAUUCCGGCGAUGAUGCAUUCCUCAUCCGCCACUUGAACUUGGACAACCGAGACGAUUGGCAUAUGCUGUCUUUCGUUUCGUCCUUCAUCUCCCAACAACAUGCGGCUCUUCCUCGUUCGACACGGAGAGACUGUCGACAACGUGGCCGGUUUAUACGCAGGCAUCCGUGAUUCCCCCCUCACCACCCACGGUGUUUUGCAGGCACGUCGUCUAGCCUCGCACUUUGCCUCGCGGUCGUGCUCAAUUGGUCCUGUCACGCACAUCUUCUCUUCCGAUCUGCAGCGCGCAGUCAGUACUGCCCAGGCCAUUGUGGACGCCCAGGUGACGAAGGCAACGGAGAAGGAAGAUACGGACCAUUCCAAGCUCCAAUUGGUUCAGGUUGUCGAGCUUCGCGAACGCGAUUUCCGAUCUGCCGAGGGGAAGCGCUUUGGCACACCGCAUCCCGAUGCCGAAACGCAUGACGAGAUGCGCGCGCGAGCCACCGAUUUCGUACAAGCCCACCUGGAUCCGCUGCUGGACAGUAUCUCCAAUGGUGAUAACUGCAAGACCAACACCUCCGUCGUGGUUAUCGCGCAUGGCUUGAUACUCAACUCGCUCUUGAGAUCACUUUUGGCGCGUUAUGCCCCAGAAGAGAUGACGAGGCUUGCAAAGCUGUCGUCGGGUUCUGUUGCCGGAAGGUCAGACUUUCUCGCUGCUUGGAGCAACACUGGAUAUCUCGAGAUGAAGGUGGAUGCCAUCGCCUCGUCUGAGGAGACCGAGAAGUCGACUGUUCAGUUGACUGUCGUCCGGGUCAACGUCCUUGACCACCUCCACGGCCUGAAAAGGACCAGGGGUGGCAUUGGCAGUGCCCAGUUUGACAGUAAACAGAAGACGAUGGAUUCGUUCUUCAAACCCGCUGCCAAAAAGCGACGGGUUGAUUGAUCGGUGUCAGCAAUUGGUAUGUUCCUGCCUCCUUUCUUCAUUUACACCACACACCCUCCCUGCUUUUUAUGAUGAGAAAAACAAUGUUCACAGACCUGUACCGAAACACUAUGUGGAAAAACUUGUCCAACCGCUAUCUGAGAAAGCACAUCACAAUUGUCCUUGUUAUCAUUGUCUUGAUGUGAGCGCCGUUGCUAACGGGUAUCAAAGACAGGAUAUCUUGAACUGGCACCACUCGAGGCUUGCUGGAAUACGCCAAGCCAUCGUCACUUCGGUCCACUUCAGAAUAGCUCUCAAUGACACCUGAUCAU